AUGCUGGACACCGGUCGAGGGUCUCGAGAAGACGCUACUUCCGUCGAAGCGGCAAUCAAGAACUGCGGUCGGACAAAGCAGUGGAGCGCAGCGCUGCGGUUGCUCCGCGAAGGAGCUCGAUUGGGUGUGCAACCCGUCCGAAGCCACUACGUUGCGACGGUCACCGCAUGCAGAAAGGGCGGGCAAUGGCAACACGCGCUGUCAGUGUUCAGCGAGAUGUGGGAGGUGGAGCUGGAGCCCAGCGUCACCUUCUGUUACAAUGCUGGGAUCAGCGCGUGCGAGAAGGGCGAGCAGUGGCAGCGGGCGCUGGCGCUGUUGAGCGAGAUGUGGGAGGUGAAGCUGAAGCCCAGCGUCUCAGCUACAGUGCUGGGAUCAGCGCGUGCGAGAAGGGCGAGCAGUGGUAGCGGGCUCUGUCGCUGCUCAGCGAUAUGUGGGAGUCGAGACUGAAGGCAACUUUGAGCAGCUACAGCGCUGGGAUCAGGGCGUGCGAAACGGGCGAACAGUGGCAGCGGGUUCUGGCGCUGCUUAGCGAGCGGUGGGAGGAGAAGCUGGACUCUAGUCAUCAUCAGCUACAAUGCCAGGAUCAGCGCAUGCGGUAAGGGUGAGCAUUGGCAGCGGGCUUUGUCGCUGCCCAGCUAGAUGCGGAAGGCGAAGCUGAACCCCAACAUCAUCAGCUACUAUGCUGGGAUCAGCGCGUGCGAGAAGUGCGAGCAGUGGCAGCCAGCGCUGGUGCUGCUGAGCGAGAUGCGGGAGCUGAAGCUGGAGCCCAACGUCAUCUGCACUGCAAUUCUUGGUGAAGCGCAUGCGAGAAACGGUCUCCGCCGCUGUCGUCGUCACCGCCGUCGCUGUCGCCGCCGUCAACGCCGACUGACUCAAGUCGGUCAAUCAGUCCCUGGACUUGUCCCUGUGGUCCACCCCC